UCUUUUUGUCUUUUAAUUCAUUUUGAGUUAGGUAAUCUGGUUUUGGAGAAAUGUUCAUUAAAUUAAGGGGUAAAAUAUCCCAAGAGCAGUUUUAGAAAUGGUGGCACUUUGGCCUUAAAUAUAAUUGAAUUUAUUGAUGUUGUUUAUAUCACUUCUGCACUUUUAUUUUGUUUCAAAUAUACAAUUUUGGAAAUAAUUUUUGUGUGCAUGUUUGUUAUUUUUUCUAUUUUUUUCUAGAAAGAAAGCAUAUACCAUGUUGAGUAAGGCUUUUAGCAAACUUCUCAUUUUCUGUAAACAAAUACUUUAUGGUCUUUACAAUUUUUAGUGGAAUAUGAGGGAAUCAUUCUAUCCAAAAAUGAUAUUGAGUCUCAGAUUAUGAAUUACAUUUUUGUUUUCUAAUAUCUAUAUUUAUUCUUUCAUACUAAGAUACUAAGCCAAAUCCUUUACUGUAAUGGACUUUUGUGCUAACUCGCAUCAUAGUAACACCUUGCCAAGCAGAAGAACUAACAGUCAUUAUUUUUUUCUUACUUUUUUCUUGCCUUUAACCUCCUAUACAAGGAUAUAUGAUUUGUUCAGUAUGGUUAUUUAGAGCAUAACUUUUUUUUCAGAUGCCUGUCUUUGUUGUGGGGACAAAGCAAGACCAGAUAGCUGAGGUGAGAACGUCAGUCAGAGUUCGCAGCUCUUCUAUCGCUGACGAGUGUGCAGCUGAUGAAAUAAGUGUGAAUUGCCAUGACCAGCGCUCUCUAGCCCCAGGCUCUAGCAACGCCGUCAAGCUCUCACGUUUCUUUGACAAGGUAAUUGAAAGACAACAGACAACCACCUCAAGGGCAGAGCCAGCUGGAAUCUCCUUCCUGGAGAGGGAAAAUUCCAUGUACAGGAGAAACAAAUCUGUGUCCUCUUUUAUUGCCAGUAACUGAGAGGGUUUCUUCUAUAGGGGUAAAUGAACUUACAUGUUCUCAUAUUUUAUUAAAAAGGUUUAUUUUUA